AUGGAACUCAUCAAUGGACUCGACGUUGACAACUUACGGUCUCGAGUCCUUCAAGACACUCUCCAGCAAAUCUCGUCGGCAACGGUUAGCAGAACCGCAUGCUGCGUAAUCUGUCUCGGCGACAUAACCGAACAGUGCCAAGCGCAACCAUGCAAACACAAUAACUUUGAUUAUUUGUGUCUGCUCACAUGGAUGGACCAACGUGCAAAUUGCCCACUGUGUAAGGCUGAAGUGCACGAAGUCUGGCACGAUCCGGGUCUAAAUGGGGAGCACACGAAAGUUUACAAAGUCUCCGAACGAACUAAAGCGUCUGACAACUCUAGUGCUGUGGAUAGAACUAGAGACAAUAGUGGCUGGGUGGCACGUGGACAACCGUUCGAAAAUGAAGCGAUUCGGAGAAGACGCUUUAUAUACCAGAAUAAUCUGCACUCUCACCACGUAGGCUCAAACAGACGACAGCCACUUGACUCGAGACACCAGGAGUUUACCCCAGAACUUGUCAAAAUUGACCCCGCGAUCAGAUCUCGAGCUAGAACAUGGCUACGCCGCGAGCUUCAAGUCUUUGUGUUUCUCAACUGUGACGGCAAUCCUGAGCCGGGGAACGAUCCUGAUCGUGAGAAGAGACCCAGCCGUGCAGACUAUCUGGUGGAGUAUAUCAUUGCCAUUUUAAAGAUGGUGGACAUUCAGGGCAGUGCAGGUCAGGCAGAGAACAUGAUUCAGGAUCACCUCGGACGCCGCAACACACAGCUUUUUCUACACGAGCUUAAGGCUUGGCUGAGAAGCCCUUGCGAGACCCUCGAUGCAUGGGACAAAAUAGUUCAGUAUGGCGAUGAGGAUUGCAAUCAGAAUUAA